AUGUUGAAUAUUUUUGUGACGCGGUUAUUGAUCAAAGGUAUCUAUAACUAUUUGAUUUGGGAAAUGUAGUAUAUAACUCCUAGUGACGAAAAGAUAACUAUGAUUUUUGAUGAUGAUAAAAAUAUUCUCUGUUCAUCAUUAUAAUUCAGUUUAAUAAAUAAGAUUAUAAUAAACAUGAGACGGCUAAAAUAAUUUAGUGAACAAUGUCCUGGAUAUAUUGAAAAUUGUUGA